GUGUUAGCUGCAGAAAGGCUUCAGGGAUCCUUCUGCUGGCUGUGGCAGAAUUGCCUCAGUCUCCCUGACUUCAGUCAUGGAUCUCCAGCCUGGAGAGGAGACCUCUGGGAGCAGGGGAAGAGGGGGACCUGUGCUGCACAUUGUGGUGGUUGGAUUUCACCACAAGAAGGGCUGCCAGGUAGAGUUUUCUUACCCACCCUUGAUCCCUGGGGAAGGACAUGACAGCAACAUCUUACCAGGAGAAUGGAAGUACCUGCCAUUUCUUGCAUUGCCAGAUGGUGCACACAACUUUCAAGAAGACACAAUAUUUUUUCACCUCCCGCCAAGAAGUGGGGAACGGAAGACCGUUUAUGGCGUCUCUUGUUACAGACAGAUUGAAGCAAAGACUUUGAAAGUACGUCAAGCAGAUGUUACCCGGGAAACUGUACAGAAAAGUGUUUGUGUUUUGAGUCAGCUGCCACUUUAUGGAUUACUUCAAGCAAAACUUCAGUUAAUCACUCAUGCCUAUUUUGAAGAGAAGGAUUUUUCACAGAUAUCAAUUCUAAAGGAACUGUAUGAUCAUAUGAAUAGCUCAUUUACAUGGAGUACAUUAGAAGGAUCACAAUUGUAUCUGGGCCUAUCUCCACGGGACCUGGUACUUCAAUUUAGACAUAAGGUCCUAUUUUAUGUCUCUCCUGUUCAUAGAUUAGUGGGUGCAUUAAUGACUGUCUUAUCGCUUUUCCCAGGCAUGAUUGAGCAUGGACUCACAGACAGCUCUCACUACAGGCCCCGACAAAGUAUUGCAGAUGAAUUCUCUUCAGUUGUGACAUCCCAGGACUGUAUUCCUGUAGCUUCCUCUGAAAGUUUUAAGUCCAAAGAUGAAAACAAUGAAACUAAAACCAACAGUUUUUUAGAGGACAACAAAUCAGAAAGACCAAUUUCCGAGCCUAGUGUAGAUUUAAAUGGUAGCAUUGAACAUCUGAAGCCUCCAUCUCAUAAAUCUCCUGAAUCUAUUGAGAGUGACUGGGAAACACUGGAUCCAAGCAUCCUAGAGGAGUGUAUUACAGGAGAGGAAGGGGAAGUAUGGAAUGUGGGGCCAGGGGAAUCUGACACUCUCAUUAAGGACACCGUAACAUCAGGAAGUGUUCCCAUUACCGUUCAGCCUCAGUCAAAAACAGGCCAGGCAACAUUUGUUCCUGGGCUGAUAUCUGGUCUAGAAGAGGACAAGUAUGGAAUGCCUUUAGCAAUAUUUACUAAGGGUUACCUGUGCUUACCGUAUAUGGCACUGCAGCAGCAUCAUCUGCUCUCCGAUGUCAGCAUACGUGGUUUUGUGGCUGGAGCUACCAACAUCCUUUUUCGACAACAGAAACACUUGAGUGAUGCCAUUGUUGAGGUUGAAGAAGCAAGAAUCAAUAUUCAUGACCCAGAGCUGAGGAAGGUGCUAAACCCAACCACAGCUGACCUCCGCUUCAUUGAUCACUUAGUAAAACAUGUUACUGAAAACCGGGAUGAUGUUUUCCUUGAUGGCACAGGCUGGGAGGGUGGUGACGAAUGGAUCCGGGCACAGUUUGCACUUUACCUUCAUUCUUUGCUGUCUGUUACCACGCAACCAGGUAAUGCAACUCGGGGUAUGCCCCUCGGCAUCUUCACUUCCUAUAAACAGUGUAUAGAACGUGAUGACGUCGCGACCUUUGACCACUGCAGUGGCGGGGAGAGGCACUGGGACCAUCCAUUCCAGGGCCAUUACAGUGUAGCAGAUGUGAAGUUAAGGCUUUCACAUUCUGUACAGAACAGUGAGAGGGGCAAGAAGAUAGGCAAUGCCGUUGCUUCUACUAGCCGCAAUGUGGUACAGACCAGUAAAGCUGUAGGUCAAUCAGUUGGAGGAGCCCUCAUCAGUGCAAAGUCAGCCAUGUCCUCCUGGCUUUCUACCUUCUCUCAGCUAGGAACCCCGGAAUCCCAAGAAGAGAAGCAGUGAAUAUAAUAUUUGUUCUCUAUGACCAUUGCCUUUCUCUGGAUGUACAACACAUUUUCUCCGUUUCAGACCAGUUUUGUCCUAACAAAUGAACUGUGCUGGUCGUUCCACAUAAGAACACAUACUGAAAUUGGAUUAAUAAUGGUUAAUGAAGUUGUCUUUUGUAUAGUUUACAUUGUACAUGUUCUUUUACUCGGUGCGUAAAUCAAUUUAAUUUAUUU